AUGGCCGACUUUUCCAAGUACGGCGGCGCCAGCAGAGAGUGGAAGGCCGUCGAGGCCGCGUUCCCUUCGCCAGCGCCCGAUGGCUCGUCUGUGCUCGAGAAGCGCACGGCCGCCAAUGCCAACCGCGAGAAGACGUCUGCGGCGCUCAUGACGGAGCUCGCUGACAAGGUCGAGCUCAUCGACGUGUCCAUCCCGGCACGCGACGGGUUUGCCCUCGAGGGCCGUCUCUACUGGCCCAAGUCGGUGCCCAAGGACGCCCAGCCUGGUCUCUACCUGCACUUGCACGGCGGCGGCUACCUGUUUGGCACGCUGUCCUCCGAAGACGCCAUCUGCUCCAAUCUGGCCAUCAACACCUCGGACAAGGGCACGCCACUCGUCGUGCUCAACCUCAACUACCGCCACACGCCGGAGUGGACGUACCCGACAGCGUGGCUCGACGCACAGGACGGUCUCGCCUGGAUCCAUGCCACGGCCGUGCCCCAAUUCGGUGUCGACCCAGCCAAGGUCGUCGUGGGCGGCAUCUCGGCCGGUGCCCACAUCACGGCCACACUCGUCUUGGAGCAGCAUUUGGGCAAGCUACCGGCCGACGUCCCCCGGGUCGCCGGCCAGGUGCUCAUGAUCCCAGCCCUCGUCAACAGCCAGUGCUACGAGCCGCAGCUGGCGCAACUCGCCAGCCCCAAAGUGUCGUCGCUCGUCGAGAACGAGUUUGCGCCCAUCCUGCCCGUCCACAUCGCGCACUUCUUCACGGACCUGCUCAAGGUCCCCGCCCACCCGCGUGUCGACGACACGUUCCUAAGUCCUGGCAACGCCACGGCCGAGCAGGUCCAGGGUCUGCCGCCGACCGUGUUUGGCAUUUGCGGGCUGGACCCGCUGCGCGACCAGGGCCUUCUCUACGCGAGGCUGCUGUCUGAGAAAGCGGGCGUGCCGACCAAUGUCCACCUGUACCGCGGCGUGCCGCACGGUUUCCGGCGCUAUGGCCCAGACUGGCUGUCCGUGAGUCGGGACUGGGACGCCACAAUGGAAGACGGCAUCGCAUGGGUGCUCAAAAACCCCACGGCCACAAACACACUGGACAUCAUUGUCCACGGCGAGGAAACAAUGUAA